UAAAUGCAAAUAUAAAGAAGCUCUCGCUUUACUACCAAGAGUAGUUAUUGCCUCCAGCCCAGGGCAAGUCACUCCGACAUUUCCAAAUGGCACAAGGAAUAUGAUAAGAAUUGGGAGGCACAUGGGAACCAGCAGAUCUCUCCUCAAAUGGCCCUCCUGUAUCCCCCUGCUCCUGGUACUGUCCACUGCCGGUGCAGUUCUGAAUAUCUUCCCGUCUUCCCAUCGUGCACUCACUGGCUCUGAUGUUCUUCUCCCGUGCAAAGUGGAUAAAACUUCCCCAAACCCUGAACCCCCAACUGUAAUUUGGUUCUUUCAGGAUAAGGAAAUUGCAAGAUAUGAUAACAAAGGCUUGUCCCUCCGCCCAAGGGCUUCAUUCAAUGGAUGGGCAGCAAAUAUGGGAGAUGCCUCCUUGUCUCUGGCCAACGUGUCCAUCUCAGAUGAAGGGAUCUACAGGUGUCGGGUGAUAUAUCAGCAACAACAGAAAGACACACGGGUCAUAUUAGAUGUUCUUGUUCCCCCAGUGAUCUUCAUCCCCAAUAAAGUUAUUAGUAAGAAUAAGGAGAACACUGUGAUGUGCAUGGCCAAUGGAUUCUACCCAGAAGAUAUUGACAUAAGUUGGUAUAAAGACAAUAAGCCCCUCACUAACUCUGAGUUGGGCAAACAAGAGAGGAACCCAGAUGGCACAUACAGAGUGAUGGGCACCGUGACUUUACCCCCAAUGGAUGGGAAGAUGGACCAUAACUUCUCCUGUAGAGUCCAACAUGCCUCUCUCCAGCAGCCUCUCCAGGAAGAUUUUCAGCUAAAGUAUAAAGUUCCCCCAGUGAUCUUCAUCCCCAAUAAAGUUAUUAGUAAGAAUAAGGAGAACACUGUGAUGUGCAUGGCCAAUGGAUUCUACCCAGAAGAUAUUGACAUAAGUUGGUAUAAAGACAAUGAGCCCCUCACUAACUCUGAGUUGGGCAAACAAGAGAGGAAUCCAGAUGGCACAUACAGAGUGAUGGGCACAGUGACUUUACCCCCAAUGGAUGGGAAGAUGGACCAUAACUUCUCCUGUAGAGUCCAACACCUCUCUCUCCAGCAGCCUCUCCAGGAAGAUUUUCAGCUAAAGUAUAAAGAUGAAAUCAACUCAAACAAAGUUGUCAUUAAAUCGUGUGUCUUUUCAUUUGUUCUAUUGGCUGUGCUAAGCGUUGGUGCCAUAAUCUGGAAAGUCCUAAAUAAAACAUCUUUACAGGGUUACACAGUGAGUGAGAUUAAAGGACCAGAGAAGUUGUUGGAUGGAGAAGAGACAACUCUUUACUGUACGGUCAGUAACUGCCCACAGGAGGACCCACAGGUCACAUGGAUUGAGGAGAGGUCAGGAGACCAGUGGGAGAUACCACAGUGUCGGGACCCAGGGGAAGCAGAACAGCUGUUGGGUGACUCCUACUUGAUCACCUGUAGGAAUGAGGGGCUGCAAAGCUACUGCUCCUCCCUGAGAUUUGUACCCCGUGUGGGGAAACACAGAGACGUGACCCUUAUCUGCAGGUUUGUCUGUGCGGAGGAAACUACAGAGAAGAGAUUCCAGUGCAGAAACAUUUAUGCCAGACCAGCCCGGGAAUCAGUGGUGCCAUCUCUAUGUGACUCAGAAAAGAUUUCAUACUCCCUCACCCUACAGGGAUUCUACCCCAGAGAUAUCUCCAUCCAUUGGAUCAGUGGGCUGAAAUAUUCCCAUAGUAGAAAAAUAGCCAAAGAACAAUAUACGGAAAAUCCUGAUCUUACAUUCAAUGUGCGCAGUGAGAUCAAAAUCCCUGGGUAUCGAUUGAAGGAUCCUGAAUUCCAAGUGGGUGUGACUUGGGAACAUGGAUCUUUGGAUGCACUAGGAUACAGAGAGAUCUCUGCACAGGAUCCAGAAUUCCCAUGGAAACCAGUAGUGGAUCCAAUACAGGACACUAAGUUUCUCCAUAACAGCCCAACCACCCUGCAGUGCAACAUCUCAGAGUAUUUCCCUGAUGCCCUGACAGUGACGUGGCUGAGGAAAGAGGCAGGGAGUGAGGAACUAACAGAAGUGCCCAAUACACAUUCAGAUAUGAGGACCUGCAAACAGGCUGAUAACACCUACAGCUGCACUGCCAGUCUCACCAUCUCCCCCAAACUGAGAGACCAGGGGGCAGAAUAUAUCUGCAGGGUGAUACAUCCCAGUCUGGUGAAACCCAUAGACACAAGCACUGGCAACAUCAAUGUCCUAGGUCAACCAGAUAUUGGAGAACCAUCAUGAACACUAUCUAUGAUUACAGUACUCACAUUCCUCUUGGUGGGUCAAUCAGAACCCUACCUCUACAUUAGAUGAGAAUAAAGAAAAUCACAUAAGUUUUUGGGGUGAACUGGUGGUUGAAUAAUGCAAUAACUACAAAUUUGACACCAAGGACGUGUGAUAAAUGAACCAAUUCAUGAUCCCAUUAACCCAACUGAAGAACUUGGUCUUUAUGAUGAUCCCACAGGGACCACUCAGCACAGCAGCUUGUGAGAAGGUUUUAUUGGUCAAUGACACAGGGAUUAUACACUCAGCACCUUCACACUGUGGAUAUCACAAACAAUAUGGUGGAAGGGAGAGGCAAGAGAAAAACAAGGGCAACAACACAAUAUCAAUGAACCCUCACAGUAACAGACUUCACAGCGCCACCUUGUGGCCGUAUCACUACAUGUUAGUAUAGCACAAGAGCUUAAAGGACCGGUAACAUCAUUUUUUUUAGCGCAAGCAGAGAUUCAGUAAGUUAUUUCUUAAUUUGUGUUGGUGGUUUUUUUUUCGAUCUAUACAAACUUUCUGGUCCUUUAAGCAUGAAUGUUGUUGCCUAUAUUGCUACAAUUAGAAAUAGAUUAUUAGCAGGAACGUCAUUCAGAUUUAUUACUGUGUCUGUAGGAAGCAAACUCUACGACUGGCUGCAUUACACGAGGGCCCUGGCACAUGGGACACCACCUGCAAUACAUCUACAUGCAAUGGUGCAACUAUAGACAGAGCAGACCUCAGGGGGGACCCAGGGUGAAGGACAACCCGGACUGUAGGAUCUGUUUCCUCUAUAGCAGGGGUCCUCAACCUUUUUUACCCAUGAGCCACAUUCAAAUGUAAAAAGAGUUGGGG